CGAGAGCGCAGGUCGCCCCCAGCCGGCCCUCCCUCCCUCCCCGCCCCGCCCCGCCCCCGCCCGGCCCUCCGCCCUGGCCUGCUCAGGCCCGCGGCCACCCGCGCCUGAGCGCCGGCUCGGGGCUCCACUGCUCUGGCCUGGGGGCGGGGCCGGCGCGCGGCGUCAUGCAUAUGCAUGAACGGCGCGGCGGCUCCAUUGUGCCCUCGGAGCGGGCGGCGGCGCGAUGGCGCGGGCGGCUGCGGCCCCGGCGCGGCGGGCGGCGCUGAGGGCGGGCUGAGCGCAUGGAGCGGCGCGGACCAGGGGCCGCGGCGUCGAGGGGCCGGGCCGGGCUGCACGGAGCCUUGGCUCUGCUGCAGUUCUGGGACCCCUCUGGCAACCACUUACCCCAGUGCUCUGUGGGAGGCCUUGGGCACAAGUCCCAGCCCCUGCUGUACCCCUUACCUGCGCUGGGGCCCUGGGGAGGGACUCUUCCCCCGUGUGCCAUCAGGACCGUACUUGCAGACGGCGUGCAGCCAGAGCAACUGAGUCCCAUGUAAGCACCGGUGAGGGCCGCUUCCUGCCACCCGCAGACCUGGCCUUUAGGCUGCUCCCAAGCCAAUGAACCCCAUGAACCCCAUGAAACCUGCCCUGCCCCCCACGCCACACGGUGAUGGUCCAUUCUCUUACGAGGCGGUGCCUUGGCAACAGAGUGCCACUCAGCCAGCAGGAUCGUUGUCCGUGGUCACAACUGUGUGGGGAGUCGGUAACGCGGCACAGAGCCAGGUUUUGGGGAACCCCAUGGGCCCUGCAGGGAGCCCCCCCGGCAGCUCCAUGAUGCCCAGCAUGGCAGGCGGCAGCUCCGCCCUGAACUCCCCGCAGUGCCUCGGACAGCAGGCGUUUGGUGAAGGCGGUGCCAGUAAGGGCUACGUGCAGCAAGGCGUGUAUGGCCGCGGGGGCUACCCCGGGGGCCCUGGCUUCACCACCGGGUAUGCGGGCGGCCCGGGGGUGCCGGGGGGCCUGGGCCUCCCCUCACACGCUGCACGGCCCUCCACUGACUUCACUCAAGCAGCGGCAGCUGCUGCCGUGGCUGCUGCCGCCGCCACUGCCACGGCCACCGCCACGGCCACUGUGGCCGCCCUGCAGGAGAAGCAGAGCCAGGAGCUGAGCCAGUACGGAGCGAUGGGGGCCGGACAGUCUUUUAACAGCCAGUUCCUGCAGCACGGAGGUCCCCGGGGGCCCAGCGUCCCCAGCAGCAUGAAUCCUGCCAGCGUGGGAGGGCUGAUGGGCCCGUCUGGCAUGAGCCCCAUGGGCAUGAACCCCACCCGGGCAGCGGGCAUGGCACCCCUGUAUGCAGGGCAGCGCCUACCCCAGCAUGGGUACCCUGGGCCCCCUCAGGCCCAGCCUCUUCCCCGACAGGGCGUCAAGAGAGCCUACUCCAGCGAGGUCUAUCCCGGGCAGCAGUACCUGCCAGGAGGCCAGUACACGCCCGGCGCCACCCAGUACACACCUGGCCCCGGGCAGCCGCCUGCCCCCUCUUCCUACCCCGGGCACAGGCUGCCCCUGCAGCAGGGCACGGGCCAGUCCCUGCCCACCUCCAGCCCCGCGGGACUGCACUACAAGCCCACAGAGCAGUUCAACGGGCAGGGUGCCAGCUUCAACGGGGGGAGCGUCAGCUACAGCCAGCCCGGCCUGAGUGGGCCCGCUCGUUCCAUCCCUGGCUACCCCAGCUCCCCACUGCCAGGGAGCCCCACGCCACCCAUGACCCCUGGCAGCAGCAUCCCCUACAUGUCCACCAGCCAGGAAGUCAAGUCUCCCUUCCUGCCCGACCUCAAGCCCAGCGUGAGCAGCUUGCACGCAUCGCCACCCGGCAGCGGCCCCUGUGACGAGCUGCGGCUGACCUUCCCCGUGCGGGACGGGGUGGUCCUGGAGCCCUUCCGCCUGCAGCACAACCUGGCCGUGAGCAACCACGCCUUCCAGCUCCGCGACUCCGUCUAUAAGACCUUGAUGCUGAGGCCUGACUUGGAGCUGCAGUUCAAGUGCUACCACCAUGAGGACCGGCAGAUGAACACCAACUGGCCGGCCUCAGUGCAGGUCAGCGUGAACGCCACGCCCCUCACCAUCGAGCGCGGCGACAACAAGACCUCCCACAAGCCCCUCUACCUGAAGCACGUGUGCCAGCCAGGCCGCAACACCAUCCAGAUCACCGUCACGGCCUGCUGCUGCUCCCACCUCUUCGUGCUGCAGCUGGUGCACCGGCCGUCAGUCCGCUCGGUGCUGCAGGGUCUCCUCAAGAAGCGCCUCCUGCCCGCCGAGCACUGCAUCACCAAGAUAAAGCGGAACUUCAGCAGCGGCACCAUCCCAGGCACCCCUGGGCCCAACGGAGAGGACGGGGUGGAACAGACGGCCAUCAAGGUGUCCCUCAAGUGCCCCAUCACCUUCCGUAGGAUCCAGCUCCCUGCCCGAGGCCAUGACUGUCGCCACAUACAGUGCUUCGACCUGGAGUCCUAUUUACAGCUCAACUGUGAGCGAGGGACCUGGAGGUGCCCCGUGUGCAACAAGACGGCGUUGCUGGAGGGCCUGGAGGUGGACCAGUACAUGCUGGGCAUCCUCAUUUACAUUCAGAACUCUGACUACGAGGAGAUCACCAUCGACCCCACGUGCAGCUGGAAGCCAGUGCCCGUGAAGCCUGACGUGCAUGUCAAGGAGGAGCCAGACGGGCCGGUGCUGAAGCGCUGCCGCACCGUGAGCCCCGCCCAUGUGCUCAUGCCCAGCGUGAUGGAGAUGAUUGCCGCCCUGGGCCCUGGCGCUGCACCCUUCGCUCCCCUGCAGCCCCCCUCAGCCCCGGCCCCCAGCGAUUACCCCAGCCAGGGUUCCAGCUUCCUGGGACCCGGGACCUUCCCUGACUCCUUCCCGCCCACCACGCCCAGCACCCCGACCCUUACUGAGUUCACCCCGGGGCCACCCCCUGUCUCCUAUCAAUCCGACAUUCCCAGCAGCCUCCUGACGCCAGAGAAGUCUGCUCCCUGUCUCCCAGGCCAGAUGGCACCAGCGGGUCACCUGGACCCAGCCCAUAACCCUGGGCCUCCGGGGCUGCACGCCCCCAACCUUGGAGGCCCCCCAGGGCCCCAGCUGCACCAUCCGAACCCUCCCCCAGCAUCCCGGCAGCCCUUAGGUCCAGUGAGCUCGGGUCCCAUCAGCGAGUUGGCCUUCAGUGCUACCACAGGCAUGAUGGGGCCCCCCGUGUCUGGGACAGGGGAGGCCCCGGAACCGGCCCUAGAUGUGGUGUGUGAGCCAGAAUCAGUGCAUGAAAGACAGCUGCUCCCAGAACUGACGAACCCCGACGAGCUGCUGUCCUACCUGGGCCCACCUGACCUCCCCGCAAACAACAACGAUGACCUGCUCUCUCUCUUCGAGAACAACUGAUCCUGUCGACCACCUGGCCGGCAGGGACAUGCCCACAGAAGUCACACACCCUCCUCUCCAGCCCAGCCCCACCUGACACCAGCGGCCCUCCCCAUGCUUACACCUGGGGCCGGGCCCCGCCCUGACGCCUGGCCCCAGAGGCUGGAGGCGGCCCUGCACUGGCUGGGAGGGGGACCCCAGGGCGGUGGCGCGCGCUGGCCCAGUUUGCACCUGCAGAACUGUUUUUGAUGAGAUGUCCAGCCCCGCCCUCGUCCCUGCCCUGCCCCCAUCCGCACCCAUCUCCGCUUGUCCAGCCCUGCCUGGUUCAUGCACACCUGCCACCCCUGAUCUCUCAGCCUCGCCCCAGGCCCUGCCACCCCUGCCUGCUCCCACCAGCCUGCGUCUUGUCUGGCGUUGACCUUUCUGUUUCAGUGACCCCUUGCCUCUGGGCCAGCGAGGCGUGGGGCUACUCUGUCCUGGGGCCUGGUCGCGCCCACCCUGCUGUGUUGGGGGUGGGGGAGGGGUCCCUCGUCCCACCUGAGGCUUCAGGCUGAGGCUGCGGCUGGGGGUGGGGGGCUCUAAAGCACAACCGUGUACAUAGUGUAGAAACACUAACAGCCGUAGGGUGACUGGUCCGUCUGUGCAGCCAGCGGCCCCGAGGGCUCCUGCCCUCACCCGUGUGCAGGGCUUGGGGGGCAGCAAGCUCCCUCCUGCUGGAGGAGGGGCGCGCACUCCGCUCCGUGUACAGAGUCUCCAGCAGGCUGCUCCCCCAAGUUCCCCUUUUCUGUGCAAGUGAAGAGUUGGUCCCGCUGUGUUUUUUAAAACCACUUCUCCCAUGUCCAGCCUAGGGCCGUGCCAGGUGGGGGAGGAGGGGCCCCCACGGUGUAGGAGCAGGGCUGAGUCAUGUCCCCCAUCUGCCUGUCUCAAUUAAAGGACUCCCUCGUG